ACUCUUAACACCAUGGACAUGUUUGGCCCAGGACAACUGGUAUCUACUCUCCUGCCUGCAGUUUUCCAUUCACCUGGAGCUCACUUCUUCAGUGCAUUCCCAACCAGGCUGGGUUCUCCACCUCAGUUUCUGAUCCCGGGCCCCUUCAUCAGCUACGAAUCCUUGAGGAAUUAUCUGCAGCCAGAGCCAUGCAAGGAAGCUUUUCUCCUGGCCACUCAGGCGGUCGGGAUAGGGCCGCUCACAGAGGGCAUAGAUGAACAGAGGCCAGUGAAGCAGCGGCGUGCACGGGCCAACUACAGCAGCUGGCAGCUGGAGGAGCUGGAGAAGGCCUUUGAGACCACCCACUACCCAGACAUCUUCAUGAGGGAGGCCCUGGCCCUCAGACUGGACCUCAUUGAGGCCAGAGUGCAGGUAUGGUUUCAAAACCGCCGUGCCAAGAUGAGGCGACAGCUGAAACUCCAGGGCCAGCUUGCAGGGCCUUUUGUAAAAAGAGACAAUGAUGAAAUGUGUGAGAAAGCCAGCAGGAGUUUGAAGCAGCAGACAGAGAGUUGUGAAGAGGAGCUCUGGGAGAGACGACAGGAAGGAGAGAACUAUCCAUGGACAAAAGCUGCGAGUGCAGCGCUGAGUGUGCGUCUGCAGCCUGCGACCCCAAGGUCGGGGAAGUGGGAGAAGCCGGAGGGGCCGAGCUCAGACGAGCUCCGCUCUUGCAGCAUCGCCAAGCUGAGGGCCAAAGCCAGAGAGCACGAGGCUGAGAUCCACAGCUCCGUAAACAUGUCAGGAGGCGACACAGAGUCCCCAACACAGGAAGAUGAUGCCAUGCACAGUGAUUAA